UACUCACUUCCUUCCCCACAGCAUGUCUUAUAGUUUACCACAAAUCAGUGAAAUUUCCCACCUCAACGAAGGAGGAAAAGACGAAUUCCUCGGCCACUUGUUCGAGCCGUGUUCCACGUUGAACGCGUUCUUGCGCGAGUCUAACGUAUUCAAACAGGAAUACCUGUCAUAUAAAGCAUUCAUUGAGAGCUGUCGCAGUGAGUUAUUGGCAUUUUUGGCCUCCCCCAGCGAGCAUCCAGACCCCCGUAUCUCCCAGAUUAUUGCUGCCCACCCGCGGCUCGGAGGUGGCAACGCCAAGAAACUCUCUCUGCACUCAGAGAAGGAGCAGCAAUCGCUCCAAUCGUCGCCGGAGGAGCUGGCAAAGUUGAUGGACUUGAACGAACAGUACGAACGGACGUUUCCAGGCUUGCGCUACGUGGUGUUUGUCAACGGACGAAGCAGAGCCGUCGUGAUGCACGACAUGGAGACGCGAAUCGCGGGAAACGACAUUGCAAAGGAGCGCAUUGCGGCGUUCAAUGCCAUGUGCGACAUUGCUCUCGACAGGGCCGAGAAGUUGGAGACCAAGUUGUAGUUAUGUAAGGCCCGAUAAGUGUGUUAUUGGAAUAAACUACAUACUAGAGUUCAUGCUGUUGCCUGGUUCUACUGCGUAUUUUAUCAUGGAAAAGUUCUAGAUAUUUUAGGGGGAGCAUCCAUGUGUGCUUGGUUUCAAUGGAUCUUCAUUUUUACCAGUAAAAGAGGGGUAUCUUUUAGCGGAGAGCUUCAAGCGGCG